GGGCCCGGAAUGUCCAGUAUGCCAUUUCAAGCAUUAUCACCUGUGAAUUUGCAGGGCAUACGACCAGUAGGCGCUGUCCCUAUUAUGGGUAAUCCUGGCAUGAUUGGAGGUGGUGCUACGAUGAUGGGGAGCCCUCGAAUUGGGGGACCGGCACCUGGUAUGAUGGCUGCAACACCUGCACCCACUUUGAAUGCACAGCAAGCACAACAGCAAGCCCAACAAGGGACACAACUUGAUCCUUUUGGAGCUCUGUAGGGAUGUAAAUAAAGCUCUCAACAAACUUAGACCCCUCAAAUUAAUGUGCUGGAGUUCCAAUAGUUUCAUGUGGAUCUGAAUAAUAAUUCGUUGGUGACUUCCAGUGAUAUGGUUCUAGCACAGAAUGCAUGGAUACUGAUGACAUUAAAGGCUGUGGUGUACAAUGAGUUAAGAUUUUCGUUUACAAGGCCCUUGUGCUUAUGACUUAGUUCUGAAGAAACAUUGUUUGUGAAGGGUGGAUCUGGUUGCAGUGAGUGUAAGGUGUACAAUCUAAUUGUUGCAUACAGAGGUAAAGGAAAGUGUUGGUUAUGUUGUUAAAUUUGGUAUAUUAUUCCACUGAUUUUUACAACCAAAGAGUAUUAAAGUAAUUUGGAAUUGUUUGUCAGACCAAUAAAAUCAAAAUUUAUUGGAUGUUUAGUAUUCACAAGGAAAGUUAAAUUUGUAUGUUAGGUUUUUAUUAAUUGUUGCUCAUCUUGCCCUCCUCCAAUUGAACACAACAGAGUGGACACUGUUAGUAAUUGAUAUUUGGUAACUGAAAGUGUACUGUUGGAGCAGUUUGAGCAGAGUUUAGUUCCCUCAUUAGGUUAAUAUUGAUAUAUAUCAAAUGUUGAGGUCCUGCUCAUUGUUCUGUUUUGCAUUCCAUAAGUGGAGCAAAGGCUAAGUUAUAAUGUGAAUGUUUGCAUUGUGAUUGUGCAAAACCCUUGUACAGGUGUUAAUAAGACUUUUGCUUUCUAUUUGUAAACUUCCUAGGUAUAGUAUCAAAUUAACUUCACUGUACAGUAAUUAUAAUGGAGAUAGCUACUGGUGCAAGUAUUAAAUUAACAUCUUGUAACUUACUCUGAAGUACGUGACAGUAAUGAAGUGUGGAGAUUGAUUUCAGUGUACUCAUUUUGAGUAAAUAUUUGUUUCUAGUGUGUAGUUGACACAUCCUGUAUUCAUUGCAUGACGUGGCAGGUUUAAAUUAUGUUGGUAAUUGUAAUUACAAGAGGAAAAAAUUUCAUGUGUAUUGCAACAAGUUUCACUGUUUAUUUUUGACAGUAUAGAUUCAAAUUACUAAUCUUACUUAGGUAAUUACAGUUAAUUGAACGUACAUUAAUUUUCUGUAAAAACUGAAGAAAUUUAAACAGCAGCAGUGCAAGUAAACUAAAAUGUUUCGCAAGCAUGUUUUAACACCAUGGUUUGUGUGUGUUAAAUAGAUCUGUUUCCUGUACUUACAAAAUUGAAAGCGAGUCUAUUGGAUUUAAAGUGAAUCGAAUAUUCAUUGUUGAUUAUGAAUGGGAAUGAAUGAAAUAGAAGAUAGUGCUCCAGUAGAAAGCACUGUAAGAUAAGUGUAUCGAAAUUUAUCUUAAAGGAAACUGUAUAUAAGAUAUAUUAUGUGUGUUAAAUGUUUAACAGCAUUUAUGUUCCCCAAUACUGUAAAUGUGUAUUGUAUUAAGAUUGAUGUUGAUAAAUGUAUAUCUAUAUAUAAACUUCAUUCAGUCCUGUAGAUGUACUCAGUAAAGAAGAGGAUGCGCGUUUCUCAACUUCGUCUUCCUUGGUGAACCUUAAUAGUGCUUCUUUCUGACCCAUCAUUCCUCCCAGUAGACUAGAAUCCAUAAAAUUUUUAGAAUAUUUGUUUCCCAGUUUUGCAGUCACUUUUAAUUUUUAUUUGUGUGCGUUAGUAAUGAUUUUGUUAGCCACAACAAGCACGUGUUCAACAUUCUCUAUAAGCUGGACUGCAGUUUCCUUGUGUAGAAAGGAACACUGAAAACUCAUUCACAUAUUUCUAGCAUAUGUAAGUCAUUGCUCUGUGUAUGAAAAAGAAUGUGUGUGCAAUCUUAUUGAAGCAUUACAAUGUGUCCAAUGUUAACAUAGCACUAAACGUGUAAUUUUGUCACAGAAAUGCUUUACGUGUUCUAAGGUAUAUACUGGCUGUAAGUUUGCUGAAGAUUCAUUUGUAACAGGGCACAUUUGCCUGCAGUGUUAGUUACCCAUUGUGUGUGUGUGUGUGUGUGUGUGUGUGUGUGUGUGUGUGUGUGUGUGUGUGUGUGUGUGUACGCGCACAUAAUUGCACGUAAGUCUUCAUGUGCAUGACAGGCAGAUAUUUAAUGUUGAUUGUAACAAGACAAUAUUAUGGUAUAAGUGUUGCAGUGGUCUAUACUGUAGAAACUUACUUAAAAUAAUUCCAUAAAGAGUUUUUUAUGUAAUGUUUCUAGACUGAGAAUGAAUAUUUUCCUUAUCUGUCAAAGCUUAAUAUUGUACAGUAGCCAUUGCCAUUUGCACGCCUCAUUACAUUCAAACAAAACAUACAUACAGGAAAUGAUGUAGGAGACGUUAGACAAAAUAUAGAUAAAAAAUAUGCUGUUGUUCAAUGAACUAUUGAAGUAUACUGUAGUAAACAUGUCAAGAGAUAUAAUAUAUGUUUUCAGUGUGAAUCUACCAGAACUUUGUUUUUAUUAAAGUUCAAAGAAGUCUUUAAUUUCCUGAAUUUUCAUCCUAUUUGUAUGUGUGUGAAUUCAGUCCUAGAUGGUUUAUUGAUGCAAUUGAUGUUCAUAUCGUUGUAGGAAAGAAAGGCAUACUUACGCUGAGGUGCAGUACAAAUUGCCUCAGAUUAAACCACAUUUUAUGAAUUUUCAGUUUAGACUAUGUAUGGAAUAAAGAUGUUAACUGUUAGAGCAAAAUUUUGUGAAAA